ACCGCCCAGUCACGGCAAGGUGUAGUCAAUUGUUGUCGAAUUGAGUCGCCGGCCAGGGCCUGAGUCGCCUCUGCUUCUUGGGAGCCAUCAGUCACCAUGCAGAGCAUUGUACGAGCCGGCCGUGUGGCUGCACGAUCCUCGCUCCGCGUCCUCGCUCCCCACGCACGACGAGCCCUUCCGCGAGCUCUCGUCGCGAGCUCCACGCCCGCCCGCCUGUACUCGUCGUCCAAGGAUGGCCGCAACUCGUCCAUCUACGCCGCCUUCCUCAACCUGCUGGCCAGCUCCAGCUCCCGCCGCGAAGUCGACCAGUAUCUGGGGCAGUUCCGCUCCGUCUCACCACACCAAUUCGCCGUCGUCAAGGUCGGCGGUGCCAUUCUCACCGACCAUCUCGAGGAGCUCUGCUUUGCUCUGCAGCAGCUGCAUGCAAUUGGCCUGUACCCCAUCAUCGUCCAUGGCGCCGGCCCCCAGAUGAACCAGCUGCUGCUCGAGGGAGGCGUCGAGCCAGACUUUAUUGAUGGCAUACGUGUCACGGACAAGAAGACGCUGGGCAUUGCCCGCAAGCUUUUCCUCGAGGCCAACAUGGACCUGGUCAUGACCCUCAAGAGGGAUUGGGGCGUCCCUGCCCGGCCCAUCACGGCCGGUGCGCUGCAGGCCGACUAUCUGGACAAGGACAAGUGGAAGUACGUUGGCAACAUUACCAACGUCAACCGGAGGCAGAUCAUGGAUGCUCUGGAGAACAAGGAGCUUCCCAUCCUAUGCUCCAUGGGCGAGACGCUGGAUGGCCAGAUUCUCAACAUCAACGCCGACGUCGCUGCCGCAGCAUUGGCGCGCGAGUUCCAGCCCCUCAAGGUCAUCUACCUCUCGGAAAAGGGAGGCUUGUUCAACGCCGAGUCCAAACUCAUUCCUCACAUCAACCUCGAGGGCGAGUACGACACCUACAUGAAGCAGUCGUGGGUUAAGUACGGCACGAAGCUCAAGAUUGUAGAGGCAAAGAAGCUCCUCGAUGGCCUUCCGCGCACUUCGAGUGUAGCGAUUACGCACCCUUCGAACCUUGGAAAGGAGCUCUUCACCCACACGGGAAGUGGAACUCUAAUCCGCAACGGCGGCAGCGUCAAGGAAAUUAGUAAGUUUGAGGACUUGGACGUUUCAGCCCUGGCCCAAGGCAUCACAAAGAGCCGGGGAGCUGAGGCAAGCGAUGCUGUCAACCGAUACAUCCAGAACCUAAAGAACCGUCCAUUCGAGGUCUUUCACGAUGAUUCCAUGGGUGUGGUUGCCGUCGUGUACCCACCUACUGCAGAGGGAGAGUUUGCUCAGCUCUCUCACUUCAGCAUGACCAAGGAUGCAUUCUUGAACAACCUCAACGACCUGGUAUUCCAGCGCAUGAAGCAAAAGUACCCCAAGCUUUACUGGAUCGUUGAUGACCAGUCACAAAACUACGUCAAGUGGCAUCUGGAGAAGACUGAUGGCUUCCUCCGUCGUGACAAGGAAAUCUUCUGCUGGUGGGGAGCUGCCGAGUCUUCGGAAAUCUUCUCGCUCCUCGAGAGCUACCAGAAGCAGGGCCGUAGCAUGUUGAAGGACAGCUUGGACGCCCAGUUCCGGAGGGCAGCCGACUUUGUAGCAAGCCUGAAGCAAGGCCAACAGACUCGCGCCUUCACCACCAUGGCUGGUUCGUCUGCGAGGCCUACUCUGAGGCAAAACAGAUCUGCGCCUGCUUCAGCCCGAGGCUUCUCCACUACUGCAAAGCGCUCAUUGGAGACCACCAACCCCAACCCUCCGUAUGGCAUCAAGCACAAGAGCAGGGAUUACCCCGCCAAGGUCGCUUUGAUUGGUGCGCGAGGCUACACAGGUCAGGCCCUGAUUGAGUUGUUUAACAAGCACCCCAAUAUGGACUUGCGCCAUGUAUCAUCACGCGAGCUUGCUGGCAAGAAGCUAGAGGGCUACACCAAGCGACAGAUCACCUAUGAGAACCUCUCAGCUGAAGAUGUCAAGAAGAUGGCCGAGAACGGAGAGGUAGACUGCUGGGUCAUGGCUCUUCCCAACGGUGUUUGCAAGCCAUUCGUUGAUGCAAUCAAUGAGAGCGGCAAAGACCCGGUCAUUGUAGAUCUAAGUGCUGACUACCGAUUUGACAACACUUGGACCUAUGGACUACCAGAAAUCGUCAACCGCUCAGACAUCUCAGACGCUAAGCGGAUAGCAAACCCUGGAUGCUAUGCCACAGCUGCUCAGCUUGGUAUUGCCCCUCUCCUUGAGUUCAUCGGCGGUCAACCUACCGUCUUUGGUGUUUCUGGCUACUCUGGAGCAGGCACCAAGCCCAGCCCCAAGAACGACGUCAAGAACCUCGAGAACAAUCUCAUUCCGUACAGCUUGACCGACCACAUUCACGAGAAGGAAAUCUCACGGCAACUGGGCAUCGAUGUUGCCUUUAUUCCUCACGUUGCUGUUUGGUUCCAGGGUAUCCACCACACAAUUUCCAUUCCGCUCAACCGCACCAUGACGUCUCGUGACAUCCGAAACUUGUACCAGGACCGCUAUGCUGGUGAGAAGCUGGUCAAGAUUGUCGGAGAGUCACCGCUCGUCAAGAACAUUUCCGGCAAGCACGGCGUCGAAAUUGGUGGUUUCGCAGUCCACAGCUCUGGAAAGCGUGUUGUUGUGAACGCCACCAUUGACAAUUUGCUCAAGGGUGCCGCAACCCAGUGCUUGCAGAACAUGAACCUUGCACUCGGAUACGGCGAAUACGAAGGUAUUCCCUACUAGGCGUCGGAUCCUUUCAGAAAAAUGGUCUUUCAUUGAGUAUGAACAAGGGGAUUGGGGAAACAAAGUAGGGGCUGUUCCGGGAAGGGGGGCAUAGUAGUUCAAAAAAAAAAGGAAAAUAUGAAUUACAAUGGCGCAUCACAAAUGUACUAGACAGGUUUCUUGGUUGGACUUGUAGAUAUAUCCAAUUCCAC